CCCUUCUGCCUUCUGAGAAGUGAGAAGAGCUUUUCCAAAACAGCGCAGGAGUGACCCAGCGUAGAAGGGCUGCCAGCUGUACUCUUGCUUAAAGGCUUUCUUCUACAGUGUCACUAGACGGAAGAAAACAGUUUCCAACUUUUGAUGACAACUUUGCACCAUGGAGUACACCUCGUCCCCGAAACCACAGCUGUCCUCCAGGGCCAACGCGUUUUCUAUUGCAGCCCUCAUGUCGAGCGACAGGACAAGAGAUAAAGAGAGCGAGGAGAGCACAAUCAAGCCCUUGGAGCAAUUCGUGGAGAAGUCUUCCUGCGGUCAGCCGCCUCCUCCGCCAGCAUCCCUGAGCGACCUGAGCAGCCUGGAUCCUCACGGAGACUUCAGCAGCAAUCCACCCACGAUAUGCACGGAGCCACUCAUCCCCACCACUCCCAGCGUCCCAAGUGAAGAGAUGGCCAAGAUCUCGUGCAGCCUGGAGACCAAGGAGUUAUGGGACAAGUUUCACGACCUGGGGACAGAGAUGAUCAUCACCAAAUCCGGCAGGCGAAUGUUUCCAACUAUCCGAGUUUCCUUCUCUGGAGUGGAUCCUGAGGCUAAAUAUAUUGUGCUGAUGGACAUCGUGCCAGUGGACAACAAACGCUACCGUUAUGCAUAUCACAGAUCAUCAUGGCUAGUGGCUGGAAAGGCUGAUCCUCCACUCCCUGCCAGGCUAUAUGUUCAUCCGGAUUCACCUUUCACAGGGGAGCAGUUGCUGAAACAAAUGGUUUCCUUUGAGAAGGUUAAAUUGACCAAUAAUGAACUUGACCAGCAUGGUCAUAUUAUCUUAAAUUCCAUGCACAAAUACCAGCCUCGAGUUCAUAUCAUCAAAAAGAAGGAUCACACAGCUUCUCUGCUUAACCUCAAGUCGGAGGAAUUCCGCACAUUCAUCUUCACUGAGACGGUGUUCACUGCUGUCACUGCCUACCAGAACCAGCUGAUCACCAAGCUGAAAAUUGACAGCAAUCCAUUCGCAAAAGGCUUUCGGGACUCCUCAAGGCUGACAGACAUUGAGAGUAGGGAAAGUGUAGAGAAUUUGAUCCACAAGCACUCCUAUGCCCGCUCACCAAUACGGACCUAUGCUGGAGAAGAGGACGGUUUAGGAGAUGAAGGUCAUUUACCACACAGCAGAGGGUCUGCUUUCACCACGUCAGACAAUCUGUCUCUCAGCUCCUGGGUAACGACAUCCUCAAGUUUUUCCAGCUUUCAGCACCCACAGUCGCUAUCUGCUAUCGGCAACAGUACAACCAUUGCUAAUGCUCUCCCACACCCAAUCCAGGGCUCACUUCCUCCGUAUAGCCGGCUGGGCAUGCCCCUCACCCCAACAGCUCUCACCAGCUCGAUGCAAGGUAGUGGGCCCACCUUCCCAUCAUUCCAUAUUCCACGAUACCACCACUACUUCCAGCAGGGACCUUAUGCUGCUAUUCAGGGACUGCGACAUUCCUCCACAGUGAUGACGCCAUUUGUAUGACUGUAAGGCUCAGAAGUCCACUUCUUGUAAAUACACAAUUGACACAAAUUCAACCCUGCAGUUAAACAUCAACAAACUGAGGAGGCUGAAGGAUUCAAAACUUGUUACUGGCAAAUCUUAAGGAGAUGUAGUAGACCUCAUUUCACUGUCACAGCCUUGAAUGCAUCCUUUUCUCAUGAAAGUCAAGACAUCUAUACCCAUGGCUCCUGUCUCACAUGUCUGGACUUUGAUCACUUGCCAAAUGUAAAUCAGUAUACUGUGGCUUGUCCAUAAUUCAACUUGGGAGAAUGAACUGGUGUUGCUCAAUUUCUUUGGAAGUUGCUCUGUGGUCAAUCUGGAUUCUUCUUCCUACUUGCUUACUGAAGCAGCAUGCUAGUUGGCCUUUUAGACAACAAUCCAAACAGGACUUUCUACCUACUGAGAAACUGCUUCUUAAUCAUCAAGGGAAUGCUUCAAAGGUGGUGUUACUGUGAGACUUUUGUGCCUACCUUCCAUCAUCUACAGACCCAGGUCCAAGAAGUAUUACACUUUCUUGUUUAUAGACUUGGGGGCAGGACAGAUUAAAUGAUUUCCUCUGAAUCUUCUCUCUUGAAUUCCUGUUUCACCCUACUGCAAAAAGACAGCCCAAGUUUGUUAUCAAUUGACCUUCAAAAUCUGCCAGACGACUCACUGAGACCUGCACAUCCCUUCAAAUGCACGCAGAGUUGACUUCGGUGUUGCAUUGUGUUUGGGACAUCAGGUUGAGCAACGUAAGUGUGAAAAGUUAAAUUAAAUCCACCACUCUCCACUUAGCAGAAACUACCUCCAGCUACUCUUCACUAGUUUAUGAAAAUGGUUGUGAUUUACAUCUCAAGAUUUAAGAAAUUUCAGCAGCAGCAGCUUGUCAUGCAAAGUGUACACUAGGGAACUCCUGGUGACCUCCGAGCGUGGCAGACCUUAAGAAUCUACUUUUAUGGCUGAUUUCAUUAUUUAUCAUGCAUGUUUGUGGUGUGGAACACACAAACACCUUUGCUUGAAAAUUUUGUUAUGUACCCACGUGUUAUUUGUUGCCUCUCUAGUGACCCCAAACUCUUCCACUAGACCAGAUGUAAGUCUGGGCCUCCCACCCCCCCUUCUUAACAGGUAAACCAAUCCUGUACCCUUGUUAAGGGUUUGCAUGUAGCCUACAUAGUCUGUCCAUGCCACGUAAAUACUCAUGCCAAGAACGCUUGUAUAAACCAUUUGGAAAUAUUGAUACAUGCAUGCUCAAUAUGCACAACUCUAAUAGUGUGCUCCAGAUUCAAAUUAGGUUAUACUCAAUGCAGCCAGGUGGCUCAAAUCCAGUGUAAAAAUAAAUGAUCCCCACCAACAGUGCAACCACCUUUAUGCUUAGUUGCAGUAAGCAUUUGUACUGCACGCAUCUCUUUGAUCAUUUGCUAGUACUGUAAACGAAUAUAGCAGGCCACUCCAUCAUGUUGCGCCAUAUUCUUUUACUUGAAAGGAAGGCAUCAGUGCUAAUCAAUUCUAGCAUCGAUUUGUUCUAUUCUGCGUCACUCGGACAUGCUAGUGUUCACUGGUAAUCUGCUUCACCGUGAGAUGCAAUGUGCAUUACAUGCAUUAGGUUUUCUCAAACUGCUACCUUCUAUAUGUAUAAAUAAAUCUAUUACACUACAACUCUGAGUUGGUUUAAGUAGAUUCCAGAAAUGGCUACAUGGAUAGACAGAAGUACAGAGUUUAUUGGUGCAUGCUAAGCUGUCCUGAGCAAAAACGAUGUUGCUGCUCUUUAAAAGAAAGCAGAACACUUAAUUUAAGAAUCUAUAAAUUACAAAAUAGUAAGUGAGCACCAAUGGCUUUACUAUCCACAUCAAUGCACAUAUUUGAGGGUUACAGAGAAUGAGGAACUGUGCUUUUGAUUGGUUAGGGCCCCAUGAAGUGGGAGUAUAUCGCACACACAGAACGAGGCCAAAAGACAAUGCUAAUGUGCUCACGAGCUGGAUUUCAUGUGGUCGGCUUAGUGCAGAAAACUCAAAAUGAAUGAAUAUGAAAAGGGUUGUCUCGUUUGAAUGCUUCCAGCUUGAUGAUAAGACGGGUGGUUUUCCUUGCUUGGAUUUUUUUUUUGAAGGUGGUGGACAUUUAAGAACAUGCUCAUUAUAUAUACAUACACUAGCGUUAUUUGAAAUGAUCUGCCAUAAAGAAGUUACCUCUCUUCCUUAGACAUUAUUUGUCCAGUUUCUGUUCAAGCUUUAUUUGGGGUCAGUUUAUAUUGCAAUAACUCUGCUGCUCAUAGAACUUUAAAUGGAAGCAUUCCCAAUAUGCUAGUUGUUACAAUUGCGGACAAUUUACAAAAAUAUGACAUUUAUCAUUUCAUUUUUUCAGCAUGGCUACACACGAUAAACCAAAAUCAUGCAACUGAAAUAGCAAUUACAGUAAGGAUGCCCAGACAUAUUCAUUUAGAAGCAUCAUUUCAUUUCAUCUGAUAAAUUAAGGGUGCUGUCUUACAAGGAUGGGAAGAGCAGUUCCUUCUCACGUAUUUCUUAGGUUGCCCAAGGUAGACAGUAGAGGCCUUGUAAAGCAGUUCACAUUUCAGAUGAGAGGAUUGUCAGCACUGAUAUUAAGUCAGCUGUGUUCAAAUUUGAAAAGUUCCUAGGGACCUGCUUCUGGAUGUCUGUGUCACUAUACACGAAGAGAGGAAAAACUUUGUCAACAAUUUGGUCCCAUUAUGAAACAAAUAAGCCCAGCAAGUCUAUGGUGAAAAGAGAAUGCCAACAUCCACUCAGUCCAACCUCUGUGAGCAGUUCACUUAUGUGAGCCAACAAGAAACUGCAUCAACCAUUUCCAAGGAAGGUCUGAGAUGAAGGACAGGGUUUUCAAGUAGUGGAAGGGGAGAAGUCACAGCAUGGGUUCAUGAUGGAAGAAAAACUGCACUCCAACAACAUUCGCAACACCCUUAAAAACGGGAAAACCAAAAUGGAGGACACAGGCAAGCAGCUGAAUAACUGGAUAAGUGAUGCACCUCAUAGGGCACUGAUGGCUUAACCUUCUGUUGACUUUUGUAAACACUGGGCAAUUCGGGCUUUCUUCAGCCAAGUUGUUUUAUUGUUUUGUUUUGUUUUUUUUUUAAACAAAAGGUUGUUCAGCAAGAGGGAUGUGGGUGUGUUUUUGCUUUCUGUACAUGACAUCCAACAUGAUGAAGUAAUGUUUAGUAAGAUUUUGUUAUUUAAAAGUGCAAUAUAUUUAUUUCUGCUCUAAAAAUGAAACAAUUCAUUGAAUUAUUAACUAAAAAGAAAUGUUAUUUGUUAACUGAAAAAUGUCUGUCUAUGCACAGCAAAUACAUAUGCUAAAUACAACUGUGUGUGUUCUGUGGA